AUGGUGGAUAGGAGUCAUGUGGAGAGACUCCGUGUGAAGAUUGGUUUUGAGGGAGGGUUUGGUGUUGAUAGUGUGAGACAGAAAGGAGGCAUGGGUUUUCUUUGGGCAAAAAAUAAUAGCGCUCGGUUAAUUAAGUACUCUAAUAACCACAUUGAUCUGGUGGUGUCACUGCCAAACCAACAUCACUGGAGGCUUACUUGCUAUUAUGGUUUUGCGCAAAGCACGAGAAGAAGAGAGUCGUGGGAUUUUCUACGAUCGCUCAAGGAUACAUCUGAUCUUCCUUGGGUUGUAAUAGGAGAUUUUAACGAUCUCCUUCAUCAGUCUGAGAAGAGGGGUAGACGGCCGCAUCCAGUUGGUUUGCUAGAAGGGUUUGGGGAGGCGCUUAUGGAUUGUGGUUUGGCGACGAUUCCCAUGAUUGGGUAUCCUUUUACCUGGGAACGGGGUAAGGGAACGCCGGAUUGGGUAGAGGAGAGGCUGGAUAGGGCGGUGGGGGACGCAGCUUGGUUGGGGAUUCAUGAUAGAGCCAGGCUAUAUAAUAUUCAUACAUUAAUGUCGGAUCAUACGGCCCUUUUUCUGGAUAUUAAUGGCACUGUAACGACACGAAGACCCCGCAGUUUUCGGUUUGAGAAUGCGUGGUUAGGGGAUGAGGGCUGCAGAGGAGUGGUAGAGGAGAGAUGGCUGAGUACGCAGGGGUUGGGUUUGCAGGAGAGAUUGUGGACGUGUGGUCAGGGUUUGAAGAAGUGGGGAGGGGAUCAUUUCCACAAAUUUGGUUCUAGGAUUGACACAAUAAGGCGUGAAAUGAAUGCCUUGAGAGGGUGCAUGGACCCGGAAUCUCUGGGGAAGUUUAGACAGCUGGAUGAGCAGUUGUGUUCCAUUCUGUCGCAGGAAGAGACUUUCUGGAAACAAAGGGCCAAACAGCACUGGCUGCAGGGGGCGGAUAGAAAUACUAAGUUUUUCCACCAAUUUUCCAGUCCAGUGGCGGUGCCGGAGGCUUUCAGGUGGAUACUCUUGUUCCACGGGUCUCACAUGAACAGAACGAAGCUCUCCUCUGUCCUUUUGAGCCUGAGGAGGUGA